AUGGCGGAUGCACUGUUUUCCGGCGAUCGACGGUCAGUGCUCCGUCGCAUCGAAGAAUGGUCGCGGCCUGGGAGAGGGCGGAACACGUUGAGGUUUGCUCACCUUCAGGUGCCACCUGGUGUCAUGGAGCAGAGUUCUACUGAGGACUCUGUGCCUUGCGCCAUCUGGACCGAGGUGAAGAAUGCGCGCAUCAAUGUUAAUGUGUCGCACGUCACUGGCGGGUGCAAGGCCAAGGACAUUGUCGAGUCUCGCAUGCGAGCCUGGAACCAGACUCACCCGGGCGGGGUCCAACCUGACGGGAUGAGUUUGGACACCAAAUCGUAUCGUGAGAUGGUUGACACCAUGCGGAAGGCGAGCUUCCCGCGUGUGGGAAGGACGAUGUCUGCAAGCAUCCUCCCACUCAUUUCCGGGUCCCUCUGGAUCAUUGAUAUUGAUCCAGACAUGCCGGCUGAUCUCAUGCGCGUCCUGGCCCUUGUGUUACCUUGGGCCGAGGCCAACAGCCGCGUGCAGCCUGUUAAGAGCAUGAGGGUCUUGACGAUGUCUUCAGACCCGCUUCACGCUCUAGUCCAACGUCUAUUCCAGGACUGGGAAACUUGCCCAACCUCUCAGUUUCAGAUCUUGGAACCGAUUGUUGGCCAGUUUGAGACGGUGGAUGUUGCCAGCACGACCGACAUGAUGCCGGUCGUGAUGCGCAAGGCCGCGAGUGUAGGUCCAGAGGCCUCACAAACGGUUAUAUCCUUCAAUUAUUUACAGAAUGGCAUGCCACAAGACUGGACGCAGGACUGGAUUUUUUUUCAAUGUCGAAGUGAAAGCCUCAGCGUCAGAGCUACGGGAUCAGCUCUCGAACCUGGUGAUGCCAACACAGCCCGGCCUCGACGUUUGGGCGUCGCAGGCCGCCAGUUGGCUGGCUUCUUGGCCGGCCUGGCUGAAUUUGCUCACUGGCCCAUCCGGGCUGAUAGGCUCAUGGCAGCUCUUGGUCGCGUCGAUCCAGUGGCUUUGCGCGAGACCAAGACAAGGCUCGUUCAACAUGGCCUCCUGGCUUUCGACGGGCCAAGCCCUGGUCCUGUUUUGGCUCUUCCCCGUGCCGCACACCAGGUGUUUUUUGCGGUACUGGAGGACGUGGAGUACGAUGCGCGACUUGCUCGCUUCCUCUCCGAGUCCCCACGGAACCCAAGAAGCACCUUGGUCAAAGUGCAACUUGCUACCCUCCUAACACUUGGGUUGCACAAAAUGGUGCAAAUAAUAAUCGAAGAUGCCGCGGUCGAAGAUGUUCUGCAACUUGCAUCCACUGGCUUGGUCGGCACAUUUUCUGGGCUUGGUACGAUGUGGCUGUUACUCAACAUCGUCAAAGCGGCCAUCGUUGGAAUGGGCAAUCGCCCCAGAGUUCCAGGAGAGGUCCUGCCGGUAUUGCAUGGAUGUCCUGUGUUCGUCCAGGGACUUCAUGAUUUUGAGGAGCUGUCGGCUCGUUUGAGAGGCUCGCUUCUCAGUCUGGGUAUCGAGACUACGGCCAUGAGCCCCGAUACUGAGACAGGCACCUUGAGAACAAGCGAGUUCGAGGAUAUUCUUUGGGAUUUCCUCCGCGCUUUUUCCCACCAGACCUGCAUCGUGAGAGGUCUAGAGCGUCGCGCCCUAACGUUUUUGGACAUUGAGUCGCAGCAAGAGCUGGGCUGCGAUAAACGCGCGAAUUGGGCCAUCCGCUGGGAUCUCAUCGAUCGAUUUGAUGGGCGGACUCGAUUCUGGGCAGAACAUCGCCCAACAACUGCGGCACAGCCCGGAUCCAGCGAUUCAUCAAUGUCACGACGGCCUCUGCGACGGCCACCGACAUUGUCAUCGACGCCAGGCGCGCAAUCCACGAAACUGGACCCGACCUCGACCCAGAGCUUCAGUGCGAUUUCCCGAAACACUCUCGGCUGCGUGGCCUCGGCCUUUUCUAAGGCCCGAAUCUUGGCACCGAAUCCGCAUGGCCUGCCAUCCGCAAGCCGAGGAAGUUCUCAACAUGGCCCAACCAGUCCAUUCGGUGCACCUUGAAGGCAGGCAACCAGAAUAAAACCAUACUCUCAUCCAAAGCCUUGUUCGUUAUCGACCGCGACUCAACGGCGCGAACUGCGUUCGCUGUGACCCCUGGGAAAGGCUCGUCUUCGAUCUUGGUGUUGAUCAACUCGUCAAUGAAGAUCUCAGCACCCGAACUCCACAAGCAGCAAUCGUGGGCUGACCCCAUCGACUCUCGACAUCUACCAUGACGUUUUAUUCUCUCGACAACAUUGAAGAUGGAGCUAAAAUUCCGUGCCUCGCCCUUUUUCGCGACCGAAU